AUGUUCACUAAACUCUUCCAGCAGUGGAGUUUUGCAGUGUUUCUGCUGAGCUAUUCCGUGCCCUCUUACGGCAGAUCAGUAGAGGGGAUCAGCCGCAGACUCAAACGAGCUGUCUCAGAGCACCAGCUAUUGCACGACAAAGGCAAGUCCAUCCAAGAUUUACGGAGAAGAAUAUUCCUUCAGAAUUUAAUCGAAGGCGUCAACACUGCAGAAAUCCGCGCCACGUCGGAGGUGUCGCCUAACCCCAAGCCUGCCACCAACACAAAGAACUACCCUGUCCGCUUUGGCAGCGAAGAUGAGGGCAGAUACCUAACUCAGGAGACAAACAAAUCCCAGACCUACAAGGAGCAGCCCUUGAAGGCGUCAGGGAAGAAGAAGAAAGCAAAGCCUGGGAAGCGCAAGGAGCAAGAGAAGAAGAAGAGGCGAGCCCGCUCGGCUCGGCUGAACCCCGGCACGCUGGGAAGCGCUGGGACCGCGAGCCCGCUCCUGGGCAGCUCCGCUCCUACACACAAUCACACCUGGAGGUAA